AUGAGGAGCCUCACGUUCCUUAGGAUGAUUUUACUUUUGGUGUUUGUUGGGUGGCUCAUGGUUUGGAUCUUGUUGCGCACAAAGGUUUACAAGAACCAUUUGAGGUUCAUGGACACUUUCCUACAAACAGGUUUUAAGGAGACGUGGACAUACCAUAAAUGCAAAUCUUCAAAAGAAGAGGGCAAAACUAACAACAAUGAACAAAAA